GAUGUUAACUUCUGUUUCUUGUACAACAAUGUUCAAACGUACGGCUGCACAAGCAUGGCGAUCUCGCCGCCUGCACUCUCAUCUUUCGCAUACGGCACAAGCAGCUAGAGCACGACCGGCUCGGUCUGCAAUAAUAGCUUCUUCUGCAACUGCCACCGCGGGCCUACUCUGGUAUUCGUUUAGUACUACUAUCCACAACGAUGCUAUUAUAACGCCGAAGCCAGAAGAUAUAUCCCAGUCCAUCCAGAAAGUUUCUACGUCCAGCACAGGCAUCACGGAGGACGAUGGGAGCAUAUGUGCAGUCGCGUGGGGUUCCAACCAGUACAACGUAAUCAAUCCAAACGAACCCGGAGUCAAACGGGUACAGUACCCCGUAAAUGCCAGCUGGCUAAAAGACGUCGCGCUACGUGACUUGGCACUUCAUGAGCGACAUGCUGCUUGUGUAGAUGCAAGGGGAGAUGUAUACCAAUGGGGCGACGGAUUCUUUGGCUCGAGUCCCACUUCAAAAUCAGAGCCGCAGGGACCGAAAUUGACGCUACGUGGACAAAACAUCAUCCAGCUUCAGCUCACCGAAUCUCGAAUAUAUGCUCUAUCGGCCUCGGGGAAAAUAUAUGUCAUUGCGGCUAAUGCAGAACAACAACAAAAUCCCGUUCCGAAGCCACCCCCGGCCAGUACGUCCUGGUGGGGACCCGGAUGGACAUGGGGAGAGGAAGGAAACGCCAUCGACUUCACGGUGAUUGCUCCCAAGGAGAAACUCGCUUGGGGUGAACAAUUCGUAUCCAUUUCAGCGGGUAGGAAUCACCUCUUGGCAUUGACAUCUUCUGGUCGGACAUUGGUUCAUCCCAUGAACAAAAACGCAAACACACAUGGUCAGCUUGGACUACGGAAGUUUGACAUUCCUGCUCCUCCAAGUUCCACCCACACCGUCUCUCCACCUCGCGUUCCUGUCGAGCUUGUUCCAAGGGCAGUGGCUGACCCAUUCGCUACGGCUGCUCCUUUCUCGCGCCCCGCGGUGUCAUAUGUGCCGCCUUCCACGUCUGCGAACCUUGAUGGAAUAGAUGACCAGCACAUAAGAUUUUCAGAUUCUCUCUUUGAGAUCCCCUCUCUCAAAGGCAUCAAGGUCUCUCAGAUUGCAGCUGGAGGUCGCAGUAGCUUUGUAGUGACAGACUCAGGUAGGGUGCUUGGCUGGGGAGCGAAUGAGUUUGGCCAGAUUGGACUGGGUGGGAACAUGACUCUUGACACAAUUAUCUUGCCGACAGAGGUAGUUCUGUCGAGGAAUGUGCCCGGUUCUGUCCGCACUAGAUGCAUUGACAUUUCUGCAGGCGGUGACCUGGCAUGUUUCGUUGCUGAACGCACAGAUGGCGAAUCCCUCGCCUAUGUGGACCUUCUGACCUGUGGUAAUGGUCAAUGGGGAGGACUAGGGAACAACCUGUACUCAAACGCCCAAGGGAAUCCUGUCCGCGCAAAGAAUGUUAGCGGUCUCCGGGAAUACAACGAAAACAGCCGGUCUAUGUCUCCCAUCCUUCCUCACGCUAUCUCGGUGUCCCCCACCGGCCAUGUCCUGCUGACUUUGGAUACACAAGCCCAUGGGGGCCCGGGUGGCUUAGGACGGGAUCUGGUCGUUUGGGGAACGAAUCAUGACUAUCAACUUGGCACCGGAAAGAGAAGCAGUCUUCCUGUGCCCACCACCUUGGAGCGUCCUGAAGGCGGACGAUUUAUCCUGGGUCAACGAAAAGCUUCUGUGAGGGACCUUGCUGGUAACGUAUGGAAGAAGAAAGUCGAGGUUGAGCAGUGUGCGGUCGCGGGGUACGGCAACAGCAUUAUAUAUUGGAAGAUAAAGUAGGUAUUCGAGAGUGCGGGAUGUAUUGUAGAUACUGGUCACGACUCACCACUUAGCACAAGUUAGCAGACUCCUAAUUAUCCUUGUUGCACGUGAUUUUCACAUGACCGUGACGCGGUUGUGGUGCAACAAUAGCUCUGUUAAACACC